AUGGCCUCUGAGGACAGCAACAAGAACAAGGACUUUAAGAGUGUCCGACGCAACCUUUGGCCAGCAGCCCAUCCCAUGAUGAAAACUAGCGAGAUGGAAAGCCAGCAGAAGAAGCUCGCCGAUGACAUCCAGCAGCAGCAGACCAACGCUUCGUCCCCUGUUGAAGACGAGCGCCAUGAUGCCUUCUCAACUAGCAUCGAGAAGACCAUCAGAGAGAUGAAGCCUGCCGGUGGUUUUCCGAACGAGGACUCAACCGGCUCGAGCCUUACUGAUGAGGAGCGCCGAGAAGCUUUUCUCGCUGAUCUCUACGAGGGCCCAUAUGUCAACAUUGGCCGACCCAUUCUCGUGCCCGUCCCCCGCUUGGGUCGCACAAACUUUCGUGGCGCCAACGCUCUCAUUGUUGACGGCUCGUCGAACGAUAUACAAUCGCUCAGUCGCUUUCGCAAUAACUCACCUGGCGUCGAUGAUGGCCCCGCAACUCCCGGCAGCACCCGUGCUCCGUUGACCCCUAUUCACCUACGCUCCUUGUCUGUUGAUGAAGCCCCCAGGUCUAACAAGGUUGUCCGUCUCGAAAAGAGGGAGAACACCGGCAUGGACAUCGACCAUGCCAUCUUCGACCCGAACCGAAAGGACUUCGUGGCUCUUGAAACGAAGGGCAAGGCCAUUGACAGCGCCCAGAUCGACUCAGCCAUGGACAUCGAGAAGAACGAGGCUAAGCCUGCCCCCUCCACACCGCCCCAUCACCCUCCUGGCUUCAAAUGGGUAGACAGUCCGUAUGUCGCCACCCCUGAACGCCCUCGCACCGCCAAGACGGCCCCGGGCGUAAUGUCCGUCUGCGAUGACAUGGAGGCGGACGAGUCGCCUUCCCUCCGCCGCCAGAUGGAGCGUCUCCGUGUCACCUCGGCUGGCGCCUUGAACUCGUGCCCGACUGCCAGUUCCGGCUCCUUCAGCCGUCCUACCGGCCGCCCCCAGGGCCCUCGCCCAUAUUUCUUCGGCUUCCCGGUUCCGCGUACGCCAACAAUGGGCAAGAGAGGUCGGGGUGAGUUUGAAAAGACAAUCACCCUCUCGGGCAGAGACGUCGCGCGCGAGCGCGAGAUUCUGGCUCGCUUCGCCGCUGCCGCCAAGGACGAGGAGUACGAGGAAGACGAGAAAGAGGAAGGCGAAGUGGAGGACGAGGACGACGAGGAUACGCCCAAGGCGUCGGUUCUCAAUCGCCGUAUGGAUGUCGACGAGGAGUAA